GCAUGACGUCAUUCACAGGCCCAGUUCGUUUGAUCAAAAGCGUAGAAGAAGACAAGCAUCAACACACAGGUGCUACAAGAGAAGCUAACGUAAAAAAAAAUCCGUUUAAAAUGAAAAACGCGAGAAUUACAGACGACAGCAGCAAUCAGUCCGAUGAAGAGUCGUUUCUGGAAAGAUAGAGACGGAAACAACAAUGGCGGUGUUUUUUACGUCUUUACGUUUCCAACGGGACCUCACAUAGAACUCAGCACAUAGUCGGGGCCAGCUUCCAGGAAUUAUCCUAGCCUCUUUAAUGUGAAAUUUUCAGGAUUUUACCCAAAAUUAUCCGGAGAUAAACGGUUUGAGGAGAAACAACAUGGACGCUAUCUACAGUAGGACCAGCGUGUUCUACCAGGCGAUGCCGGCUGUUGGAGCUGAUGGAAAGAACAUCAUGAAGCUGAUYCCGGUCAAACGGGUCAACGGACAGUUUUAUCAGUCUGAGUCGCCACAAAGAGACGUCUCCAUCUACAACCACGUCUCACCUGUUCACACGGCUCAUAAGAGCGCCGUGACGCUGCCGAACAAUCAUCAGUUCAKCAGGAAGCAGGUUUCUGCUGCGAACGCCUCGUCCAAUCAGGUCCAUCCUGCWCAUCGGGACUCAGAGGGUCCGCCUCAGCAGCAGGGGCCCAGUUUAACAGCCAGACUUCCUCAGGCCSUGGUCCCUUCACCGGGACCGCCGCAUCAGCUUCCUGUGACGGUGAAAUCUCCAGCCCUCCCCAGAGGACAGUUCCUGAAGACGCCCCCCAACGCACCGGUCCAGAGAGUCCCGGCGUCCCAACUGUCCCCGGAAAUCAAAGACCAGGUCUUUACGUCUUCCAGCAGCUCCGCCUCGCCGACGGUGGUCUACGUGUCCCCCGUAACCACMGUGGAUCCAGGUGCGCCCGGACCACCCGAACGCCCGUCGAACACCAAGACAGGUGGGUCCCCUUCCACCGGAGCCAAACCACGGCUGAAACUGGUCCCCAAGUUCUCAGCCAGACCCCACAGUCCCAUCAGGUGGGUGUUAGAAGGAGCGGAGGGUCCUCCGUCGCAGACCCCUCACAGACAGACAGAAAACGCUCUGGUGGUCUUCGACGGGAGGGUUUUCUUUGUGGCCAAUAAGAACGGCUUGUCCUUAAAGUCCACCGCAGCGGGACAAACCGCCAUCCCCCCAUCCCCCGACCCCCCGGCGCCUCCAGCAAGUCGGGACAGGCGAGGUCCGAGCGACUCGCAGGAUGUGAUCGACCUGUGCGGCGACGACGACGACGCUCAGAAGGACACGCCCCCGCAAGCUCCGCGCCCCCGUCCGGACGAGGACAACGUCAUCUUCGUCUCGUACAUCCCUCCGAAACCCGACUCCGUACGGACGGUCCCGCCCGAGGUCCCGGCUCAGGGAGAYGGGGGACAGCGGGGGACGCUGGUCUGCAGAGAGACGGAUCUUUGUCGUCCAGCUGGGAGACAGCGCAGCGUCCCAGACYUGCAGCUGGACACGCAGACAGGAAGUCCUGCAGGUCCCAGCAGAGAGGAGGAGUCUGCUCAAACAGCACCGAAGUCUGAACUUCCUGCUCCCAGCCGGACGUCUCCAGCAGCACCAGAACCGGGUCAGAGGUCGGACCCCCAGCUGAGGAAGAUGUUUGGGAUCACAGCUGAGGUGAAGAUUUACCUGCAGCAGGUGGACGGAGCAGCAGCAGCCGGCUGUGUCUCUGCACACUCCAAAACCCCGUCCCCCCGGGACUACUGCGGUCCAGGUGGACUUCCUGGACUUUCCAAACCGAACCCAGAACCUCCGUCGUCCCUGGAGAGCUGCCGCUCURCUCUGAGGCGGUCCUCUGAAGCUCAGGCUGUGAUUGGUUACAUGGAACCAAUAGAUGAAGACAUCUCCGAUGAAAGCGAGGCCCGGUCCAAACCCAAGACCAAACCCGUCCCAGCGGAGACGCAGACGUGCGUGGACACCAGGAGGGUGGGGAGGACCAGGAAGCGCACCCUGUGUCCCUGCUGCGUCCCCGUCGCUCUCCAUCCCGCCGUCAAGUUGGGCCUCCGGCUGGAGGAGCUGGAGGGGUGGACGUUCGUCUCAGAGCAGACGGCGAGACGAGCGGGACGGACUAAAGCGUCCAGGAAAGACGGACGGACGUCUGCAAAGGUCCGCUACAAGAACUGCAAGAUCCACAAAGACCCGGGAGGACACGGUUUGUCCUCGACGUCUGUGGACUCAUUCAAAACAAWUUCAGGGUAAAAAAAACUGACCUGAUGAACUGUGGGGAUAGAAUUUAAUAAACAAAAUUAUCUUUCAGAACAAAA